CCGUGGACUCGGUCAAGGUCUUUCAAGAUUAAACCAUCCAAUUAAGAGCUGACACCUGGAUUAUUUCCCCUUUUAACCCAAUAACUGAUCCCAAAGAGCUGCAAUGGGGACUUUUCUGCCCAAUUACAAAAUGCCACCCAAACCCAUGGAGGAGAAGAGGGAAGAAGCAGCAUGAAUGUCACAGAAAUAUUUUAUGCAAAUUCGUUUUGCCAAGAUCUUUUCUCCUGAGAAGCUGAGAGGCCUUAGAAAUGAAAUGUAACCAAUGGUUAUCUGCUGCUGUGGAAUGCAACAGGGGCAUCUGGGAUUGGGCUCAUGUGGUUGUUUCUGAUUAAUGGCCAAUCACAGUCAGCUGGCUCGGACUCUGACGCGGAUGCAGAGCCUGCAGCCAGACCCCAAGGCCCAGUACCGGGGCGUGUACGAGGCCCUCAGGAGGAUGGUGCUGACCGAGGGCUUCUGGAGGCCCCUGCGCGGGAUCGAUGUCACCAUGCUGGGGGCGGGCCCUGCCCACGCCCUGUACUUCGCCUGCUACGAGAAGAUGAAAAAGGCUCUGAGCGACGUUUUCCAGCCAGGAGGAAACAGCCACUUGGCCAAUGGCAUUGCUGGGAGCGUGGCCACGCUGCUGCACGACGCCGUGAUGAACCCUGCUGAAGUGGUGAAGCAGCGCCUGCAGAUGUUCAACUCCCCGUACACGUCGGUGCUGGGCUGCGUGCGGACGGUGCACAGGACCGAGGGCUUGGGAGCCUUCUACCGCAGCUACACCACGCAGCUGACCAUGAACGUGCCCUUCCAGGCCAUCCACUUCAUCACCUACGAGCUGAUGCAGGAGCACCUGAACCCCCACCGCCAGUACCACCCCCAGUCCCACAUCGUGGCCGGCGCCGUGGCCGGGGCCGUGGCCGCCGCCGCCACCACGCCCCUGGACGUGUGCAAGACGCUGCUCAACACGCAGGAGAACACGGCCCUGAGCUCCCUCAAGAUCAGGGGGCACCUGUCGGGCAUGGCCAACGCCUUCAGCACCGUGUACCAGCUGGGAGGGCUCCCCGGCUUCUUCAAGGGCGUCCAGGCCAGGGUCAUUUACCAGAUGCCCUCCACGGCCAUCGCCUGGUCCGUGUAUGAGUUCUUCAAGUACUUCCUCACCAAGCGCGCGCUGGAGAAAAAAACAUAAAAACCUCCUGGGAAAAGGGAGUGGGAGCCUCCCUGGGGCUCCUCCCGGGCAGCCCCGCUGGAAUUCUGCUGGAUUCACAUUUCCACAUCCCUUGGUGCUCAGUCACUGAGUGCCCCCGGGGGUUCUGGGGAUCCCUGGUCACUGAGUGUGUGUCCCCCUGUCACUGAGUGUCCCCAGGGAUCCCUGGUCACUGAGUGUGUCCCACUGUCACUGGGUGUCCCCAGGGAUCCCUGGUCACUGAGUGUGUGUCCCCCUGUCACUGAGUGUCCCCAGGGAUCCCUGGUCACUGAGUGUGUCCCUGGGGAUCACUGGUCACUGAGUGUGUCCCACUGUCACUGAGUGUCCCCAGGGAUCCCUGGUCACUGAGUGUGUCCCCCUGUCACUGAGUGUCCCCAGGGAUUCCUGGUCACUGAGUGUGUCCCUGUCACUGAGUGACCCUGGGGAUCCCUGGUCACUGAGUGUGUGUCCCCCUGUCACUGAGUGUCCCCAGGGAUCUCUGGUCACUGAGUGUCCCCCUGUCACUGAGUGACCCUGGGGAUCCCUGGUCACUGAGUGUGUCCCUGGUCACUGAGUGUCCGCAGGGAUCCCUGGUCACUGAGUGUGUCCCUGUCACUGAGGAGUUCUGGGAAUUCCUGGUCACUGACUGUGUCCCUGUCACUGAGUGACCCUGGGGAUUCCUGGUCACUGAGUGUCCCUGGGGAUCCCUGGUCACGAAUGUGUCCCUGGGGAUUCCCAUGGUGUUUCCCAGGGAUUUCUGUGGUGCUCAGGGAUUCCUGGUCACUCAGUGUCCCCUUGUCACCAAGUGUCUCUGGGGAUUCCUGGUCACUCAGUGUCCUCCAGGAUUCCCAAACACUGACUGUCCCCAGGGAUUCACGGUCACUGGGUGUCCCUGGGGAUUCCCAUGGUGUUCCCCCAGGAUUCCCGUCACUGACUGUCCCAAGGGAUUCCUGAUCACUGGGUGUCCCUGGGGAGUCCCAUAAUGUUCCCCCAGGAUUCCCAGUCACUGGGUGUCCCCCGUGGAUUCCUGUGGUGCUUGGUCAUGGUCACUGGGGAUCCCUGGUCACUCAGUGUCCCCAGGGAUUGCCAUGGUGCUCCCCCAGAGAUUCCUGUGGUGCUCCUCAGGGAUUUCUGCUCACUCAGUGCCACCUGUCACCAAGUGUCCCCAGGGAUUCCCAGGUCACUCAGUGCCCUCUAGAAUUCCAAGCCACUGAGCGUCCCCAGGGAUUCCCACUCACUCAGUGUCCCCAGGGAUUCCCGGUCACUCAGUGUCCCUGGGGAUCCCUGCUCACUCAGAGUCCCCCUGUCACUGGGUGUCCCCAGGGAUUCCUGGUCACUCAUUGUCACCCAGGGAUCCCCAGUCACUGAGUGUCCCUGGGGAACCCUGCUCACUCAGUGUCCCUUCCUGUCACUGGGUGUCCCCAGGGAUUCCCAAUCACUCAGUGUCCUCAGGGAUUCCCAGUCACCGAGUGUCCAUGGGGAUUCCCGGUCACUGGGUGUCCCUGGGGAUCCCUGCUCACUCAGUGUCCCCUCCUGUCACUGGGUGUCCCUGGGGAUCCCUGCUCACUCAGUGUCCCCUGUGAUUCCUGGUCACUGAGUGCCCCUUUCCCUCCCUUAAACAACAACAAAAAAAAAGAGUUUAUACAGACUUUGAUAUUAAUAUAUAUCUAUUUAAUAACUUUAUUUUGAAGCAGUGAAAUCUCAAGCUUCUCUUUUUCUGGAAAUAGGAUGGAAGAUGGAGUUUACUCCUUGCUGAAGGUUUAGGUUACCCAACCUAAGCCGUUUUUUUUUUUAUUUUAUUUUUUUAUUUUUACAGCAGAGAAACAAAAAUGUCCUGGCACAGAAGUUAAUUUUAUAUAAAUAUAAAAUAGCUGGAUAA